UCGGCGACCCUGCGUCCGAGCAAGCGGAACCUCGCGCUUUGCCCGGGGACGGUCCGAAGUCCGCGCUAUGGAAGAGGAGAAAUAUUUGCCUGAGCUGAUGGCAGAGAAAGAUAGCCUGGAUCCAUCCUUUGUGCACGCAUCGCGCCUUUUGGCUGAAGAAAUUGAAAAAUUUCAAGGAUCUGAUGGAAAAAAGGAUGAUGAAGAAAAGAAAUAUCUUGAUGUCAUCAGCAACAAAAACAUAAAGCUGUCAGAAAGAGUGUUGAUUCCUGUCAAACAGUAUCCAAAGUUCAAUUUUGUGGGGAAAUUGCUUGGACCAAGAGGAAACUCCUUGAAGAGGCUACAGGAAGAAACAGGUGCUAAAAUGUCUAUCCUGGGUAAAGGAUCAAUGAGAGAUAAAGCAAAGGAAGAAGAACUAAGGAAGAGUGGGGAAGCCAAAUAUGCCCACUUGAGUGAUGAACUUCAUGUAUUAAUUGAAGUGUUUGCACCACCUGGGGAAGCUUACUCACGUAUGAGUCACGCAUUGGAAGAGAUUAAAAAAUUCCUGGUGCCUGACUACAAUGAUGAAAUUCGUCAGGAACAACUACGUGAAUUAUCUUACUUAAAUGGCUCCGAGGACUCUGGUCGUGGCAGAGGUAUUAGAGGCAGAGGAAUCAGAAUAGCUCCCACGACUCCCUCAAGGGGCCGUGGGGGUGCCAUUCCUCCUCCCCCACCACCUGGUCGAGGUGUUCUCACCCCUCGCGGGACCACUGUGACUCGUGGAGCUCUUCCAGUGCCCCCAGUAGCGAGAGGUGUCCCUACCCCUCGAGCCCGGGGGACCCCAACAGUGCCAGGAUACAGGGCACCCCCUCCUCCAUCCCACGAGGCUUACGAAGAAUAUGGGUACGAUGACGGUUAUGGGGGUGAUUAUGAUGACCAGACCUAUGAGGCUUAUGAUAACAGCUAUGGGACCCAAACACAAAGUGUGCCUGAAUACUAUGACUACGGUCACGGAGUAACUGAGGAUGCCUAUGACAGCUAUGCACCAGAAGAAUGGGCUACCACCCGCCCCAGCUUGAAGGCUCCACCUCCAAGGUCAGCCAGAGGGGGAUACAGGGAACACCCCUACGGUAGAUAUUGA